CACACGAGAAAUUAAGGUUUUGGCAUGGCAUGCGCAGUAGUGCACUUCCGGACAGUCAGACCGAAGUACAUUCCUAACAUAAGCUGGCCGGUUUACAGUAUGGACGGAGAGGCGGACGGCUUGGUGCAGCUGUCGGAGGACUCCGGCAGGCCGCGGAGGGUGCACGGCAUGCUGAAGCUCUACUACGGGAUAAACAAGGAAGGAAAGGCCGCGGAGCAGGCGGAGUCCCUGGAUCCCUGCGACAUCAACGGGGCGCAUUUUAACCCCGACCUUUUCCUAAACAAGCUUAGAAGGGAGUGCUCUCUUGCAGAGUUGAUGGACCAGGAGACCUGCAUGGUCAAGCAGAUCCGCUCUUUGGACAGUGACAUGCAGACGCUGGUGUAUGAAAACUACAACAAGUUCAUAUCUGCUACAGACACCAUAAGGAAGAUGAAGAAUGACUUCAAAAAGAUGGAGGAUGAAAUGGAUUGCCUGUCUGCUAACAUGUCUGCAAUCACUGAGUUCAGUGCUCGUAUCAGUGGUACUCUUCAAGACCAGCAUGAACAGAUUACAAAACUCUCAGGGGUUCACACUCUGUUAAGGAAGCUGCAGUUUCUCUUUGAACUGCCUGCUAGAUUAAAUAAGUGUCUGGAGCUGCAGGCCUAUGCUCAGGCAGUGAGAUCCCAUCGCCGUGCCCGCUGUGUGCUGCAGCAGUACAGCCACCUGCCCUCCUUCAAGGGAAUUCAGGACGACUGUCAUGCCAUCAUGGACAAGCUGGCACAGGAGCUUCGACAGAAGUUCAGGGAUGGUGGGUCAAGCGCUAAAGAUUUAUCAGAGUGUGUGGAGCUGCUGCUUCAGCUGGAUGAGCCAGCGGAGGAGCUCUGUGAUAAAUUUCUGAGCCAUGCACAGUCUCGACUUGAGACGGACCUCCAGGGUCUGGAAGCAGAGAUAAGACCGUACCCAUCUGCCCCGGCCGUGAAAGAUGCUUCUGCACCCAGGUUGUCAUCCACUGCAGCCGCUGGCUCUCCGACUGAUAACUCUCCUAAAAUGAGCACUAUACCUUCUCCCACCUCAAACACUGACAUCCUGGAAUUCAUUGACCGAGGCUGCAAUGAAUUUGUCAGCAGCUUGUGUUUAGUAAUUGCAUCCUAUCAAGAACUAUUUAUCAACCAUGCUCAGACAGGUGAACUUGCAUCCAAAAAUAUUCCUCAGAUGGCAAACGGUAAGUUGCAGGCCUUUGUGGGUGAUCUGGCUGCUCGGUAUUUCUCGCUGGUUGAGCGGAGGAUACAAGAGGAGAAAGGGGUCGGAGAUAACUCCCUCCUGGUCCGCGCACUCGACCGCUUCCACCGCAGACUUCAGGCUGUGGCCAAACUGCUGCCAGGCUCUCCUGUGCCAAACCAGGGGACUGAGAUUGUGAUACGGGCAGCUACAGAGCGAGUCAAGCAGUACCUCUCUGCCCUGCAGAGCUUCUACAUGGACAGCUUGACAGACGUGAGGCAGGCCCUGGCGACACCUCGGCUCUCUGUGGUCAGUGCUUCAGGGGCUGGAGGCGGAGCUCUUCUAGGGGGUUCGGCCUCCAGCAGAGAUGCUCCGAACAGCCUGCCAGAGCUGCUCUCCUCGCUGUCAGCCUCUAUUCUCAAUCAGAUCAAGUCAGUGUUGGCAUCAGUGCAUCUCUUCACAGCUAAAGACAUUGCAUUCUCCAACAAGCCGUACUUUAAGGGUGAAUUCUGCAGCCAGGGUGUACGUGAGAGCCUGGUGGUGAGCUUUAUAAAGUUUGUGUGCCAGUCUUCUCGCCAGUUUUGUGAGAGUGCAGGCGACAAGGGAGGUUCGACUCCUCCGGCCCUUCUGUUGCUGCUGUCUCGCCUCUGCUUGGACUAUGAAACCUCUACUAUCUCUUACAUACUCACUCUCACAGAUGAACAGUUUCUUGUGCAGCACCACAGUCCCGUAACACCCGUCACAACUUUAUGUACAGAAGCCAGAGAGGCAGCACAGAAACUGCUGAACCAUUAUGUAAAGGUCCAGGGCCUAAUUAUCUCCCAAAUGUUGCGAAAGAGCGUCGAAACACGAGACUGGGUUAACACCAUCGAGCCACGAAACGUCCGCGCUGUGAUGAAGAGAGUAGUAGAGGACACCACCUCGAUUGACGUGCAGGUUGGUCUUUUGUAUGAAGAAGGUGUGAGGAAAGCACACAGCAGUGACUCCAGCAAAAGGACUUUCUCCGUCUACAGCAGCUCGAGGCAGCAAGCCCGCUAUGCUGCCAGCUACACUCCAAGUGCGCCCAUGGAUACUAAUCUACUGAGCAACAUACACAAGCUGUUUUCUGAGAGGAUUGACAUCUUCAGCUCAGUGGAGUUCAACAAGGUCUCCGUGAUAACAGGAAUUAUCAAAAUCAGUUUAAAGACGUUCCUGGAGUGUGUCCGUCUGCGCACCUUUGGCCGUUACGGGCUGCAGCAGAUCCAAGUUGACUGCCAUUACCUGCAGAUGUACCUGUGGCGGUUCGUCUCCGAUGAGAACCUUGUACACUUCCUGCUGGAUGAGAUAGUGGGGAGCUCCGCCCACCGCUGCCUGGAUCCCGCCCCGAUGGAGCAGAGUGUGAUCGAAGUCAUCUGUGAACGGGGUUGAAGCUCAAAGUGCAGCACAGCCAGCUAGUCUUCAAACAUCAUUGAAUUGUGCAUCUAAAUGUAAUCCUCUCUUUUACAUCAUUACUGUUAAUGUUAGAUGUAAUGCUCCAGAUUCAAAUUACACUGAAAAAAUGGCAUAGGCAUAACACUUUUAAUACUGUAAGAAUAUUAAUAAAUCUUUCAACACUAAAGAAAAUCAAACAUUUGGCUGUUAUGUUGUUGAGAAGAUUGACUGACAGUGAAUUUGGGACAGAUCUACAUUACAUUCCAUGCACAAAGUGCACAUGAGCCUCUAGUACUUGGGUUUAAUAUUAUAAUAGCCAUUUACAAACCAUCGAAUAUGAGCAGAGACAACCCCUUUCAUGUCCACUAUCGGCAAAGAUAGAAAAAAUUGAAUUAUCCAUGAUACAAGAAAAACCUUUUAGCACAUGUUCCCCUUGAAAGUAAUGCGUUUCAUGUGAAUACAAAAUAUGAAUGACGAAAGAGUAAAAGUUGUGUCCCGCAUGUAUUAAUACAUUCUUUUAGGGCUAUUUUGCUUAAUAAUUUGCAAUCUGACUGUCAUCUGAUUAUGUAACCUGUGUCUAACACUAAAGUAACUACAGAAGAUUAACUGUUUAUCUUGAAGGUUAGUUGAUUCUGUUUUCUGUGUAUAUCUUCCACAGAUAAACACUAUGUCUAGGAAUGGUUGUGUGUAUGUCUACAAUAAAAGUGCAUUAAUGUAAGAUUCAAA